AUGGCCGCCGUCGAGAGUCUCGGCGUCCACACGCCGACCGGACUUCAAUACCUAGUCUCAGAGGGCAUCCUCCCGCCAGAUCCCAGGCCAGAACGAUACCAAUGGGAAACAUUCAUGGUAGCAGAUGGAGAAGAACAGACGGAAGAAGAGAUUCUCACCACAGAGCACGCAGUAGUCUGGUCGCAGGGAAGUUUCGUUCGAAAUGUCUUCCGAUUUGACGUGGAAGGCGAGAUUGUCACGCAGGCCAUUCUGACCACGUUCCCAUCGGAUCGCGCUGGAGAUGGCACCAAUGCUGAAGCCUCGCCCGCAAGAGCGCUGGUCGUUCUACUCAGGACAAAGGCCCACAUCUACUUUCUCCAAGGCAGCCAUCACAUUGUCGACCUACCAUUUGAGGUCGAGCGAGCAUUUCAAGCUCCAAGAGGUCUCCUUCUCCAACGGAAACGCACAUCCCCGAACUCACUGCCACCGUCACCACAGAUGCCGUCCGUUCCUCCAAACUCAUUCUUCUUCUCUCAAGCUCGCAUGCGCACUUCCAUGUCAUUCUUGGAUUGUCCGACUUUGCAAAAGAGCUUCGCAGGCUCAAAGCGCAUUCUCUCAAACCCCACGAGUGGAGACUCGAAACUGGAAGCUCUUUUCCAGACCAUCACUGCGGCAUCAGGGAAACGCGGAGACGACGAUGUUACCAACUUGUACUCUCUUAGCGGUCCACUGUCAGAUCUUGGAGUGGUGACAUACUCACUUCAGCAUCAAAAGCCGCGGAUGAAUGGUCGAUCUCAGAACGGGAACAGUGUCGAGUUUGAAGGGCUGGAUCCGGCAGAGAAGAUCAUCUAUGUCUCUCCAGAGGACGAAUUGUCUUCCACGGACAAAGGAAAGUCUGGUCCACUGGUGCUUCUGGUUACUUUGAACACCGACAUACACACAAUCACGAUAUGGCACGCCUGGUAUGUGGAUGAGAAGUCUCUUCAAGACCUGCUCAAGCACCGGAAGGAACAAGAAGAGGUCAAAGCCAGGAGACGAAGUUCAUUCCUCAGCGCCGGUGUUGCUGCCACGGGUACAACAACUCCUGCGGUGCGCCGUCGUGACGGGGCACGGGAGAGCUUCGCAGCUGGCGGACUUGCGAAUCUGCCACUUCCUGGUGACACAGCAGUCACACAAGCCGGAGGCGUCCCUCGGAAACCCACGGAGGAAGAAGUCAUGGCAUCUCAAAUGGACCCAGACUACGUGCCGGCACUAUCCCAACAACCAGCUCGCGAAAACCGCCGGAUCAGCUCUAUGAACACCGAUGUCCGUGGCAGCCAAAUGACUGUAAACGCUAGCUUCGGCAGUACAGGAGGCCGUCGUGCGACAUCUUUCGGUGGUCCUGCCGAGCGAAGAUCCUUGAGUCAUAGAAAGAGUCGAGGAUCAACACCUGGCAGUACCUACAGUAGGAGUGUGGCAGGAGACGAUGACUCCAUCAUGGACCUGGACAGCACGAUCGAGAUUGACGACGAGGAGAGCGCAGACGGCAUUCUACGCCACAUACGGGCCACAUUCGAGGCAUCUGGCGCUGACAGCGUGUUCGGUAGUACGGACGAUGGCUUCAAGCGUGAGCUGAUCGUGAGAAAGAUACACUCGUUUCCAGUCGGAUCGCUUUCGGCUUCCCGCGGAAUGGCUGAGGUGCCGGUCGGCAUGCACAAGGUUGUCACACUCCCUGAAAUGCAAUCAAACAAUGGUGUGAGCAGCACGAAGAUCAAUGUGUACAUCCACGAUCGACAAUCAAGAGGAGCACAAGUCUUGACAUUGAGGGUCAAGCAGCGACCGCUGUGGCCUGAGACUGCAAAUCCUGUCAACGUUGCAAUUCCGCUCCUUGUUUCAGAGAAUGGUAUCGCCAACUGCGAUGAUAUUCUUCGGCUGCAGGAUAGCAAUAUGCGCGCAGUGCUGCUUGGCAGUAAAGGAAUUCAAUUCUCACUCGAUGAGCAGCCUCUCUGUUCACUGCCUGCGCCUGCAACGUAUCGAGUGUACAAUCCGCUCUCUUUACGCUCGCAAUCUGGACAAUCGGACAAGGAAGUUGGCCGGAAUCGCUUGCUCGCCCCACCUGCAGCUCCUCUAUACCUGCAGCACGAAGGCACGCAUGGUGCGUACGAUGAGGUUUCCCAAGACGGCGUCCAUCAUCGCAGGCGACUGUCGCUUCGUCCUUCCCAUCAGCACAUUGACGACUUGCUCUCCGUCUGCGAGUAUGUACUGCCCAAACAACAAGCUAGAGCAUUGCGGAAGACCUGGUGCAUGGCGUAUGCGUGGCUUUCAUCACAUCAAGAGAAUCUUACAGCAACGAAGUGCGACGCAGAGUUUGUGGCGUUCGUUGCGACUCUGUUUAAUUCCAUCAUCGGCUUACUGGACUCCAAGGCGCGAGCUGCACUGAACAUCUUCAAGCUGUCUUCGGCCAAGGCUACUGCUUCGUCACAAAGCACACUGCAUCUGCGACGACAUCAGCACGAGGGCGAAUUGCUUGGUAGCACACCAUGGUCGUGGAUGUCGCAGCAACCUCAACCCCGACUUCGAUCCCCGAAGAGCGAUGAGAAGCGCAAAGAUCAGCUUUUGAUCAUCGCGACAGCAUUGGCAGAUGAGUUGUCUGCUGCAUCAGAACCCAAACAGUCCGCUACCGUCGCAGCCAUGUCUGCAGGGAAGCUUAUGCUGGCUCUGCACAUCUUCCUAGAAGAUCAGAAGUUAUGCACAUUGUCCUCUAUCGACGAAUCACAGCUUGCCGCCGUCGUUGCACAGAUUGGAUCGUGGCUGAGCUUAGAGGACUGGUCGUACGGCCAUGGCACGUACUAUCACCUCGAGGGAGCUGGAGACGAAAGAUGGGCAUAUCUUAAGUCUAAAGCUGUCUACCCGCCUCAGCUAGGUUUCCUGGACCAGCCCAUCGGUGUCUUUCAGUGGUUCGAGCACGCUUUGAUGCAUUCAUCUUCGGAGACUUAUCCGUCCUUGUUAGCUGUAGCCCAAAUUGGCUCUGAUCCGAGCCUGGCCAACAUCGAAGAGUCGGUCUCGAGAUCUCUCACGCCGCGUAUGGCGGCCCUCUCAGAUAUGUUGGCGGCCACGAAUGGGCUGAUGACGUCCCCGGUACAAACGGUGGAGCUUCUACCCGCGAAUGGCAUUACCGUCGAGAUGCUCGACACUUUACCAGAAGCGGUCGCAGCGCCCUUCAAGGAAGCCAUCGCACGUUGCGAAAAGCAGCCGCCCACCACGUGGUCAUCCGACUUGCUGCGCUUAGUCAAUCGGGAGGAUCUUAUCAUCGGAGAGAUGAGCGACACUCCAGCACAUCCAAGACCGCAGACCAUAUUCAGCAGAGUGCCACGAGACAUGCACUCGGCCUGUCUCGCCCUCGACCAGUCUACCCAACAUCCCAAAACGAGAGAAGCCGGCCGCAACGCCGUAUCGCAGCUCAUCUUCAGCGAAGAUCGCCGACUUGUUGAAGCAAGCAGUCUGAUGCACUUCAACAGCGUGCAAGUCGCGCAAUGCCCGAAGCAACCAGAAUGGGACGAAGCAACGCAUUUUGAACAUCAACGGCGAGCCAUGCAGUACGUAACAACUCGUAUGAUCGCUCUUCCCGCAGGCGAUGGCAUGAUCCAUUUUGACAGCCAGACACCUCUUCUCACUGAGAAGUACCACCUUCCUGGCUUCAACUCGUCGUGUCUGAUGCAGCCCAUGGGUCAUCAUUUGACCACCGAUCGGAGCGGCUUGACUGAGGAGAAGGUCAACUGGGCAUAUUUCCACGCAGGAGUGUCAUCCGGCCUUCGCAUAUCGAGAAACGUGAGAGGAAUUGACACUUCCUGGAUCGCCUUCAACAAGCCAAAUGAGCUGACGAACCGUCACGCUGGACUUCUGCUUGCGCUUGGGUUGGGAGGACAUCUCCGAAACAUGGCGAAGUGGCUGGCCUUCAAGUAUCUCACACCGAAACAUACGAUGACAUCCGUCGGUCUGCUGCUUGGGCUUUCAGCAUCGUACAUUGGCACCAUGGAUGGCUUGAUCACUCGCAUGCUGUCUGUGCAUAUCACGAAAAUGCUUCCGCCAGGUGCAGCAGAGUUGAACGUCUCACCGACCACACAGACGGCGGGACUGAUGGGCAUUGGUCUCGUCUAUUGUAACACGCAGCACCGCAGAAUCAGCGAGAUUAUGCUGUCGGAAGUGGAGAACAUGGAGGUCGAGGAUCCAGAUAGCGGACCCGAUCAACUUCGAGACGAGUCCUAUCGACUUGCGGCUGGAUUCGCUCUGGGCUUGAUCAAUCUGGCCAAGGGCGACCGCCUUCGCGGUCUGCAUGGAUUGCAGAUGCCGGAACGCUUGCUCGCAGUUGCGAUAGGACCUCGUCCCGUCAGUGCGGUGCACGUCUUCGACCGAGCUACUGCUGGAGCAGUCAUUGCCAUCGCUUUGAUCUACAUGAAGACCAACGAUCAGUCCAUCGCGCAGAAGGUCAACAUCCCCGAUACGGAAGCGCAAUUUGAUCAUGUUCGACCGGACAUUCUGCUCCUCCGCUCCAUGGCGACGCACCUGAUCUUGUGGGACAGCAUCGAAGCUCGAGGCCCGUCUGCAGAAUCUGAAGGCUGGAUUCACGACAAUCUUCCCACAUGCUACAAGAAGCGUGCAAAACAGUUGAUUGUCGAAAUGACCAAGACCCGCACGAUCGAUAGCGCCCACAUCCCUCUAUUCAACGUCUUCACCGGCCUUGCUUGGGCUCUCUCCCUCAAAUACGCCGGCAGCGGCAACACUACCGCCCGCGACGAAAUCCUCUCCGUCUACCAAUUCUUCUUCACCCUCAACCACGGCGCCGACGCUUUCUACUUCGACGGCAAGCUCGGCCGCGCCUCUCUCCGCCGCUGCAUGGAUGUCCUCGCCCUCUGCGCAGCAGUCGUCAUGGCCGGGACCGGCGAUCUCGAGACCUUCCGCUACCUCCGUCGCAUGCACGGCCGGACGGACGCCGAGACUCCCUACGGCAGCCACCUCGCCGCUCAUCUUGCCAUCGGCGUCCUCUUCCUCGGCGGCGGCACCUUCACCUUCGGCACUUCGGACCUCGCUAUCGCUGCUCUAGUCUGCGCUUUCUACCCCCUCUUCCCGACCGACGUGCACGACAACCGCGUCCACUUGCAAGCUUUCCGCCACCUCUGGGUCCUCGCCGCGGAAGCACGCUGUAUUGUCGUCGAAGACAUCGAAUCCCACCGCCCCAUCCACAUGCCCAUUACUCUCACCUUACUCGACGGCUCAACACAGUCCCUCCGCGCACCAUGUCUCCUGCCCGAACUCUCGACCAUCCGAACAGUACACACAGACGACAACCGCUACUGGCGCGUGACCCUCGACUUCGCCGCUAACCCCUCUCAUAUAGCCGCUUUCCGCGCCAGUCAGAGGGUAUAUGUCCGCCGCUGCCCCGCCGCUGAAGCGCACCCGACAGUCUUCACGGCGACGCUGGCGGCGCUGAAUGAAGCGCAGAAUGUGCUGCCAAAGGAAUUGUUCGUCUGGAUGGAAGUUUUCAAGUUGGAGGCGCUGAGGGGUAUGGAGAGGGCGGAUGUGGAGAGGGUGUUGCCCGCUGCUGGGGGUGGGGUUGAGGGAAUGGAUGAGAGGGGGAGUGUGGUUGAUGAAGCGUUGCAGUUGGAACGGGUGGCGAGGUUCGGGACGGCGAGGGAGGGGUUGUGGGGUCUGAGGGUGUUGUUUAAGUGGGCGGAGAGGGCGAGGGAAAGGGGGGAUGGGAGGUUGAAGUGGAUUGGGGAGGAGGUUGUGGAGGGGUUGAGGGGGUGGAUUGAGGGGAGGAGUCGAGAGGGGUGA